GGAGCAAUUUAAACGCCGGGUCUAUUUCUACGAAACGGACUCGCGUGGUGCAGAUUUUUCUCCCUUCUGCUUAUUCAGUGCCGUGCGACCCGUUGUGAUGAGUGACCUCUUCCUGUGGCCGGUCGUCUCUCUCGCUCCACGUACGGUCUCCCUUUUCUCUUUCGGUGGUCGCCCGCCGGCCCCCCCUCUCGGCGUCUAAUCAGCUUCCUGGAUGGGGCACAUUAUCUACGUGAUGGCAGAUCGUAACUACGCGAUACCCAGCCAGGUCCCGAUCAUACGGUAGUCGCUCGACAGUCCAUCGCGCGUUAAAGACCAGCCAGGAUCCGCGGUUACGAAUGCAACUUGGUUUCUCACACGAUUACACGGUUAUCGGUGCAGCGGUCCUGGAACGACGCGUCUCCCAUCGGGGACUCAGUUUGCGUCCUUGCUCGUCGAACGUCCCUCGUUUAACGGGCCCUCGAUCUGCUUGAAACUCAACGAUCGUCCUUGGGUUUGCGAAACGCAGAUGUCACGGCGGUGAGGACCGCGGGAUGAUAGAAAACGUGUUCGCCACGAUCUUCCUCGUGCCCAGAGGGAGGCUAUCCGAGAGCUCUUAAAGCGACGUGUUAGCGGGACCAGCCACGAUGUCGCUGAUGCAACGUAUUUCCGGUGUCGUCGCGGUCCUCAGGGGCACCGCGGAGAUUAAGGAAACUCACACAUCAUGUUCGGACGAGAUCGAGAAGAUUACGUCCGAGGACGAAGUCAAAGUGCACGACCACGUCACGCCGCUCGACAGAUUGCAAUCGGUGGUAGAUUGGAUCGGGGAAAAUAUGCUCCUGGUGUUCACGAUCCUUGGCAUUUUGGUGGGUCUCGUCCUCGGAUUUCUUGGUCGAUUAGCCAGCCCCUCGCCACAGUUCAUUACUCUCGUCAGUUUUCCCGGGGAGCUCCUCAUGCGGCUACUGAAAAUGUUCAUUCUACCGUUGAUUGUCUCGUCGCUUAUCACCGGAAUGGCGCAGCUGAACGCCAAAAGUUCAGGGAGAAUGGGACUCAGAGCGCUAACGUAUUACACAGUUACGACUAUUCUGGCGGCUAUAGUCGGUAUAUUAAUGGUUUCGAUUAUCCACCCGGGCGAUCCUAGGAUUAAAUCGACGAUCAGCGCGCCUAGAUCGGACGAUACGAAGGUCACUACGCUGGACGCCUUUCUGGACAUAAUUAGAAACAUGGUGCCGGAGAACUUGGUGCAGGCGUGCUUCCAGCAAGAGCAAACCACUUACGUAAAGAAGAAAGUGAUAACGAUAGGGAACACGAGUCAAAGUAAUUACGUCCUAGAGCCGACGUUAAUAUAUAAGGACGGGAUGAACGUGAUGGGAAUGAUUAUGUUCUGCAUCACGUUCGGUCUUAUCGCGGGGCAGAUAGGUACGCGCGGAAAAUUGAUGGUCGACUUCUUCGUGGAGCUGAACGAAAUAACCAUGAGACUCGUCACUAUCGUUGUGAUGUGGUACUCUCCGUUCGGAAUCAUGUGUCUGAUAGCUGGCAAGAUAAUGUCGAUCAACAAUUUGGCGGGGACCGCUCAGAUGCUGGGUUUGUACAUGGUGACGGUUAUCGUCGGUCUAUUGAUUCACGCUGUGAUCACUCUGCCGUUGAUAUUUUGGCUGAUGACCCGGCAGAAUCCAGCCGUGUUCUUCAAGGGUAUGAUGCAGGCUUGGAUCACAGCCUUGGGAACGGCGUCGAGUGCUGCAACUUUGCCCAUAACGUUCCGUUGUCUCGAAGAAAAUAAUAAAAUCGAUUCGCGAGUGACUCGAUUCGUAGUGGCGGUCGGGGCCACGGUGAACAUGGACGGAACGGCUCUUUACGAGGCCGUGGCUGCCAUUUUUAUCGCGCAGAUGAAUGGAAUUUUGUUGGGGAUAGACGAAGUGAUAACAGUCAGCUUGACGGCCACCUUGGCGAGCAUAGGGGCGGCUAGCAUUCCCAAUGCUGCCUUGAUCACGAUGUUAAUAGUACUCACGGCAUUGGGUUUACCCACGAACGACAUUACCUUGCUCUUCGCCGUGGACUGGCUAUUAGAUCGACUGAGGACCUCGAUAAACGUUCUGGGCGAUGGAUACGGGGCCGGGAUAAUUUAUCACUUGUGCAAAGACGAACUGGAUAAGAUGGAUCAGGAACGGAAAUUAGAAGAUCUCGAAACGGGGACGCCUCUCGAGGACAUCCCGGAAAGUUGUCAGCGGGAGAGUGCACCUGUUCCCGAGCAAAGCUCCGAAACGAAGAUCUGAUUCGCAGGGAUAUCGACCGUUUUUCCAACAUCUCGAACGGCGGCAUAAAAGAAAACAAAAUUGAAUUACCGCGACUGUAUCCGAUAGAAUCGAUAAUCGAUACAAAGCGAUAUCGAUGACCGCCAGUUCGCAAUUUGAAUAAAAAUUGCAUGGUUUUAAGUACCAGUAGGAAAAUCAAAUGUAAAAUGUUCUAUUUUUGGAAUUUAAACGUUUCAUUUGUUACAAGAUGAAUAAAGGUAUCGUUCGUCGAUUUGUCCAGUCAAACGAAGAUAGGGCUAAAGCGUUUCAUUACGAUAGCAAUUUAAGCAUUUUUAAAACGUGUUCACUAAUUCGUUGCACGUUAGAUGAUUUAUCAUU